CUUAUAUGUUUAUCUUCUAGUUUGGAAAAGAUAUGAGCCAAGCAGAAGCUUAAUCUAUUCAUCUCACUUCUUGCUCAAAGCCACUUGCACUUCUCUGUUGAGUUUUCUGCUUCAAGCCCAGAGGAGUCAGGAUGGUUGAGCCUGUGGAAUUGGUUGAGACUGCUGAGAUGGAUGAGGAGGGCCAGGUGAUCAAAAUCAGACUAAGCGAUCCAGAGGCUAGAGUCAUCGAAAUCAAGCUCAGUAACUCUGAAGUAACUCUGCUGAGGGAACAUUAUUUAGCUCAGCAGAAGAGUAUAGAAUGCCUGGUUAAGAGAAAAAAGUCACAACGAGCACGCUACUCCUAUGGCAUUAUAUUCUUACUGACAAAUCUGAUUGCUUGGGCUGUUCGGGACUAUGGCCAGAUUGUUUUCUCUGACCUUCACUAUGUAAAAGCCUGUGGAAUUGAGGGGCGUAGUUGUUACCAGAAAAUGGGAGUUCUUCGUGUUAGUUUAGGAUGUUUCAUGUUCUUCUUUAUAAUGUUGCUUGCGACAUUCAAGACAAGCAAAUUGUAUGAAGGUGGAAAUCUGAGGCACUCUGAAUGGUGGGCAUUGAAGUUUCUCAUAUGGUUCAUAUCACUAGUCACCUCACUCUUUGUUCCGUCGAGUUUUAUUCAACUAUAUGGAGAAGUUGCUCGUGUUGGUGCAGGGGUUUUUCUUAUCCUCCAACUCAUAAGUGUGAUCGAAUUUAUCACAUGGUGGAAUACUUAUUGGACUCCGGAAGAGAGAAAAAAGCAAAGAUGCUUCCUGGGUCUAUUUAUGUCAACACUGUUCUACAUAGCGUCUAUGUGUGGAAUCGGGGUAAUGUAUUCACUCUAUGCUCUGAGUGCCUCAUGCAGUCUCAACAUAUUUUUCAUCACCUGGACUGCAAUUUUGUUAUUAGUAAUGAUGGCUAUGUCCUUAUAUUCCAAGGUAAACAGAGGCCUUUUAUCUUCUGGCAUUAUGGCUUCCUACAUUGUUUUCCUCUGUUGGUCUGCUAUACGAAGUGAACCUGCUAGUGAAAAAUGUGGCGCGCAAAGGCAAGGAAAUGGACACGACGACUGGACUUCAAUAUUAGGCUUUCUCAUAGCUAUCUGUUCAAUUGUCAUGGCAACCUUUUCUACAGGGAUUGAUUCAAAAACAUUUCAGUUCCGAAAAAAUGAACCUGAAGUGAAGGAUGAUAUUCCCUACCAGUAUGGUUUCUUCCACCUGGUAUUCUCCUUGGGGGCCAUGUACUUUGCGAUGCUAUUCAUCAGCUGGAACUUAUCUAGCCCAACUACAAAAUGGAGCAUGGAUGUUGGGUGGGCAAGUACAUGGGUGAAAAUUGUUAACGAAUGGUUUGCAGCGACGAUAUACUUAUGGAAGUUGAUCUCUCCAAUCGUGAAACAAGGCCGAGUUGCAAAUCAUGAAGAGGAAGGAGGGCAGCAGAUUGAUUCUUUAGAGUCACAAUGAUUUUUGUUAAACUGUAAAGUGCAUACAGCAAGUGUUUUGGUCACUUGCUAUCGUUAGCUAAUCAUUCUUCAUUUGUUAUUGAGUGGUUCAACUACUCUUAUUAAAACAGCUGCAGGAAUUUAGAAGUGUAAAAAAAACAUAGGCUAGUAUCAGUAAAUUUGUGAAUUUACAUCAUAUUGUCGACUUUCGUACAAUUGAAUGGAGUUUUGUGAGA